AUGGAGCUGGGCGCGGGCUCGACGCUUCCCGGCGCUCCCCGCGCCCACGCUCCCACCCUGCAGCGGUCCCGGGAGGCGCGGCCGCCGGCGGGCUGGGAGGAGGAACUCAACGACUGCCUGGACUACUACUACCUGCGCGACUUCCCAGCCGGCGGGGCCGGACGCAGCAAGGGCCGGACGCGCCGCGAGCGGGAACUGCGCACCAAUUGGCCAGUGCCCGGCGGCCACGAGCGCAAGAUCGCGCAGAAGCUCCUCAACGCUCAGCGCAAGCGGCGCCAACGCCAGCUGCAGCCCCGGCCGCGCACCCGCCUCGCCUGAGCGCCGGACCUUGGAAGAACCCGAUAAUAGUAUUUUCUCUGGCUCUGACCGUGACUGGCACUGGGAGCAAAAGAAGCCAUGUUGGUCAAAACGGAACUUCUUUCAACCUGCCUCUAGUGGGCUCUCACAGUAUCUUUCCUUGCCAAUUGAUUGAUAGGUCGUAUGUAGGUAGGCCUUUUUAGGAUUUCUAAUUAAAGGGGAGCAGCAAGAAUGGCAUCUUCACGCUUGUAUUUCUGCCGGUUGCUGUGGUAACUCAGGUCCAGUCCACAAAUAAAUGUACUGCGGUUUUGUGUGCGAGGAAGCCACUGGGGUUGAAUACAGGCACUAUCCUGACCUUAAAUUUACAGAGCAGCGGGGAGGGGAAAGGCAGGCACCUGGGUAUCAAAGACUACCAUAUGGGUUUAAACCAUGGUUACUGAAAUGGGAAUCGUUUAUGUUAUAGCAAUGGUUGUGUUCACUGAGGAGCCCUGGUGGCAUAUUGUGCUGCUAACUGCAAGGCCCAAGGUCUGCAGUUCGAAACCACCAGCCUAAAGUGGAUUCUAUUUCCCCCUUACAGUUGUGGUCAUUCUGAAAUGAAUCCCUUCUAUACUUUUUAAAGUGUUGAACCACCUUCUCCCCCAAAAAGGGUUCUGGUGGUACAGUGGGCUAAGCAUCGGGCUGCUAACCAAAAGGUUGGUGGUUCAAACACACCCGAUGCUGCUCCUUGGGCGAAAGAGGCAGCUGCAGACGUGUGCUCCCACAAAGGCUGACAGUCUUGGAAACCCACAAGGGAGGUUCGAUUGUCCUGCAGGGUCACGAUGAAUCCAAAUAACUUGACAACUGGCUUUUCCAGGGACUUUUCUCUUGAAAGCCGUCAUCUGCAUUGAAUGUCUACUGCCUUGAAAGCCAAGAGAAUGUCAGAAAGUUCGUGUAAUGGUUUAACCAUUUCAUUUUGUGUCCAAGGAAGCCCUGGUGGUGGUAUGGGCAGGAGCUAGGGCAAGAUACAGUAGUCGGCUCCCAUUAAGACACAUAGCACUGCAAACCCUUCAGAGGCAAUUCUACCCUGUCUCAUAGGGUCACUAUGAGUCAGAUGUGACAAUGGUCUGGUUUGGGUGUUGAACUCAUAGUUCCUACAGGAUUUUGUACUCUUAAGAUCAGCAGUUACAUUCCAGCAUCACUCUUGGUCUGACACAUGCAAGGCACAAUAUUCAUGUAAGUCUGUCUGUGCUACCCAAAGUAGAAACCAAACAAUGGCAAACAUUUCAGUUCCUCCACAACCCCUGCUGGACAAUGAAGCCGACCUGGUGCACAGAAGCAAACCAAAGUCCCCUGCCAACGAGUCAAUUUUGACUCGGAGCAACGCUCUA